GAGGAGUCGUAUCAUCGUUUUGUGGCAGCGACAUGCAUAUAUGAAUUGGGAUGCAUGCAUGCGUGCAUCAGCAAGGAGUUUUGUUCUCGUCGGGUUCUUCCUCGCUAGUCCAAGGUUUAGAUAGACGAAAUUAGAAAAAGAACGAAGAAUUCAUCGAUAUAUUGUGGCGUUUGGCUUCAACUCGCUUUUUUCGGGGCGGCCUAUCGGUGUCGGUGGUAAAGGAGCCUGCUGCGCGGCAAUGGAUGUGUGUGAGGCCAACAGCGUCUCCACUGCCGUCACGCCCCAUUCCUACCAAACGGAAGCCUACAAUAUAUGCCAGGGCGAGAAGUGCGGUGGGACAUACUCCAUACGAUACGCCGGAACAUGCGAUCCCUAUAGCUGCGACUUCAACUCCUUCCGGAAGGGUGACAAGAGUUUCUAUGGAAAAGGAGAACCGUCGAUACCAACGGCAAGAUCAUCGCGGUUACUCAGUUCCUCACCGGAAGGAGCGGGACGCUCAGCGAAAUCAAGCGAUUCUACGUCGUCGACGACAAAGUCAUACCGAACUCCGAAUCGAAGGUUCCGGAGUUACUGGGAACUCGCUCAAUGAACAGUUAUGCACUGCGCAGAAAUCCACCUUUGGAGAUGAAGACACCUAGAAGGAGAGAGGUGGGUGGGCAUCCAUAUCACGCGCCGCGGAGAAAGGGAUGGAUAUGAGUAUAGGCCAUAAGCAUGAUAAAUCCAAGUGUUCUGUACU